ACAAUGAGCAUACCGUCAGCUGUUGUGUGGGUUUAACUUAUUUCCCCAUUCUCCUCUCCCUCAAUAUCUUUCCGAUCCUAAGCAAUUUGUGAACGUUGAUGGCAUUGCAGCCAAAAUAGUUUCCAACCAAACACAUUGUUGCUCUGUGUGUGGCACCGGUUUUAUUUUUGAAAGAGCGCUACCUACCCGGUGCGUUUCCAGCGUUUUCCAUUUGGAAAUGGGGGUAGACUGCGCGCGCUGGUGAACAACUAGUGACUCAACCAAGUUUCCCUUCUGUCUGAGGAAUGAGUAUACAUACGGUCGGGAGAGGACGAGCCGAAAAGCGCAUGAUUGAAUGAAUAAAAUGGAAAGCAAAGACCUCGACACCGAUUUGGUGGGAAAUGUGUUGCCUGAAGCAACAUCUCCCCACCCGGCUCAGGACCCAAACCCCACAAAGGAAGACACUGAGGGGUUGACAAGCCACCCGAAAACAGGCUCAGCCCAGAUAAUGGAAACCUACACGAAAAAAGACAAAGAAAGGAGAGUGGGGACCCCCACGAAACUGGACGUCAUCCCGAAGUCACCUGCUACACCGACAUCGCCCAUGCCUGGCUCAAGUUCUAGCCCCAAACGUAAUAAAGACACAGUGAAGUCAGAGGACAGACAGAAGCUGGCCAAGGAGCGGAGAGAGGAGAAGGCCAAAUAUCUGGACAAGCUCGGCCAGAUACAAGCGGCGAAGAAGUCCCAAUGGCUGGAGAAAGAGGAAAAGGCCCGGCAGCUGAGGGAUAGCCAGCUGGACGAGCGACGCAGGAAGCUGGAGGAGCAGCGGAUCAAGACAGAGAAACGUCGCUCUGCCCUGGAGGAGAGGCAGAAACAAAAACUAGAAAAGAACAAGGAGCGAUAUGAGGCUGCCCUCCAGCGGUCCACUAAGAAGACCUGGGCUGAGAUCCGUCAGCAGAGAUUGUCUUGGGCCGGAGGCCCCAGCCAGAACUCCAGCCAGAGAGAAAGCAGAUGCUCCAUGUCGGCGGUCAACCUGCCCAAACACGUGGACUCGGUUAUAAACAAGAGACUCUCCAAGUCCUCCGCCACCCUUUGGAAUUCCCCCAACAGAACAGCCCGUAGCCUCCAGCUGAGCCCGUGGGAGAGCAGCAUUGUGGACCGACUGAUGACGCCCACCCUGUCCUUUCUGGCCCGUAGUCGCAGCGUCGCCAGCGUGCUCAGCAACGGUAAAGACCAGUCGCCCCUAUGCCCUCGUUCGGCCUCGGCCAGCCCGCUGACGCUGUGUGCCCACCGGCCUCACCACCGCUGCUCCGACCGCUGGAGGGUGACGUCCAGCACGCCCGACAUCACCCAGCGCCGACGCGACUCCACGCCGAUAGAGAAGAAAAAGAAAGAGAAGAAGGACAAGGAGCGGGAGAACGAGAAGGAGAAGAGUGCUCUCAGCAAAGACAAGGUGCUGAAGAAGAGACCGUGCUUACCCAGUAUGAGACACAAACCGGACCCCAGUCCUAGUCCCUUAUCCAGACAGCGGGCUGCCUCACCUGCCACUACUCCUAGAGCAAGACCUUCCUCCUCCUCUCCUAGCCCUGCUGCCUCCCCCAAACCUCCCUCCUCAGCCCAGGCUAGUCCCUCCACCCCCAAGGCCCGGCCCAAGAGGGCUAGGACCCCGGCCCGGGUGGACCACGGGCGCACCUCCUCCCCCGUACCCCUGGAGAGGGCCAGGGAGACCCGCGGCCGUAGGUCAGCCACACCCGAGGAGCCCAAAGGCAAGAGCUCCCCCGUUCCUUCAAUCGUGGUAUCCUCUGCUCCGGCCACGCUCCCUUCGCUGAGUACACCAAUCACGACGGCCACCGCCACUCCCUCUGAGGUCCCUCAUUCUGCCCAAUCAACCCCCAGUGUCCCUGCAUCGUCCCCAGCCCCAGCCUCCUCGUCAGCCAAGCCCAUGGCGGGCACCAACAACCCAGAGGAGGCCGCCCGGAUCCUGGCCGAGAAGAGGAGGCAGGCCCGGGAGCAGAGGGAGCGGGAGGAGCAGGAGAAACGCGAGCUGGAGGAGAGAGAGAAGGUCCUGCGAGAGGAGCGUAAGCUGCGGGAGGCGGAGGAGAGCAAGCGCAGAGAGGAGGAGGCGCGCCUCAUGGCUGAGGAGCAGCGCCUGAGAGACGAGGCCCAGCGUGUGGAUGAGGAGAAGGAGGCGCAGGAGAGAGCCAGGGCAGAGCAGGAAGAGAAUGAGCGCCUACAGAAACAGAGAGAGGAGGCUGAGGCUAAGGCCAAGGAGGAGGCCGAGAAACAGCGUCUGGACAGAGAGAAACACUUCCAGAAGGAGGAGCAGGAGAGACUGGAGAGGAAGAAGCGUCUCGAGCAGAUCAUGAAGAGGACACGCAAGACAGACGGAGGGGAAAAGAAAGACACCAAGUCCCCACCUCCCUCCCAAGUCAAUGGCAAAGAGGCCGAGAGCAGCAAAGCCUCUGCUGACUACCAGCCAAGCCCAGAGAUCAACAAGAAUACAGAGAACGACCAUAGUGGUUUGAGAGACAGCUCCACGGUCCAUGUGGUCAACGGUGUCCAGCCUGCCAGACACGAGAAUGGCCUGUCUAGCAAGGGGGACACCGCACACUUUGAGGAGGUCAUCCAGCUAGCCAAUCAAGGCAACAGCAGCAACGGGGGGAGGGAGAAAUCAGAGAGUGACAUGCCCACUGAACCAAUCCUGGCCUUUGAAAGUGAUGAGCCCUUCCUGAAAAAAGUGGGCCCCAUGAAGCCUCAGCAUGUCGCAGAGGUCCUGUGAGGUGUGCCACUCACAAAGGCGAUUCUUAGCCCCCCCCCCCCCCCCCCCCCCCACCCCACCCACCUUCCCGAAUCCAGCCUCCACUCGUACGGGUAGAGGGCCCCCCUCUUCCCGAAGGUGCACAUCCCCUAUGACCUGUGCCAAACCAAUCACAGACUGCUUUCUAGGCCCAAAAAAACAUAAACUUUCCCUGGGAAAAGGGCAGAAGAAGAUGAAGAAGAAGCAACAACUCUGCAUUCUGCAAAAAAGACACAAGCAAAACACAAAAACAGGACAUGACGUCAUCGCCACCCGACAGGGUGCAUCAGUGUUACCAUUUGUAGAUGGUAGAAGAUAUCGCGGCAUCAAUUCUUCCACAGCAGUAUCAUCCAUGGUAGAUUUCAGUAGCCCUGGGGGUGAAAAAUACACAUUUGACACAAAUGAGUAAUUGGUGUUAUUAUUAUGCUGACGAGUUGAAAGAGAAGUGAGUUGGCUUUUUGUUUCUACUGUUUAGUUUAUUUAAGAGAAAUGGGUACAGUUGUAUGUGAAUAAUGUAAAUGAAAACUUGAGAGUUGGACUAAAUGAGGGAGAGUGGUCUGUGGAAUAAAUUGUGUGUGAAUUUAUGAAAGGAAUCCCAAUGUUUACUUAACUCCUGCCUUUCAAGGUUUCCCCAGUAACUAAUAUGUAUUGGAAACGUAAUGAUAUGGUCUCUAUAAACGUAUUUGUAAAUGUUCUGUAAAUGGAGCUACACUGCAAAUAGAAUGUCUCCAAAAUACUGAAGAAGACGUUUGACAACGUUUUGACAAUGUAAGAAUUACAUUGUUGCAGCACAGCGUCAGCUGUCUCCAAGGAGCGCUAUAGAAAUGAACAAGGGAUCAGUUGAACGAAAAACAGCACACGCAUGGGUACUCCAGAUUCAGGAUUGGUAAGCCUUGGGUCAAAUCAGUGAUCCAUUCAGUUUAAUCAGUGUUGAAACAGAAUGUACACAAGGGCAUUCCAUCCCACUAUUUUAAAAAUCAGUGCAGUUUAGUUUUUUUCUAAACCUGAGCAAGAAGCACGAUAUGCUGCCACCUCCAUCGAAAUUCCACAGAUUCGAAUGUGUUUGAAAAUGAAAUGCUGGUGUGUGUAUAUGCUAUAAAUAUAUUCCGUUGUGUAUUGAAGGGUCAAAGGGAGUAUCGGGAGUCUUAUUAAAGAGAACAUUGUUGUCCAGUA